GAGCCCGAGCCCGAGGCGGAUCGCAGCGCCGACCGAACCGAGCCCAGCGCCGCGGCCAGGGGCCAUGCUGCUUCUCCUGUUCGGCCUGCUGGCCCCGCCUGCCUGCUGGGCCCUGGGUCCUGCCCCGGGGCCCGGCUCCUCGGGGCUGCGCUCGGCCUUCUCGGCGGCGCGCACCACGCCGCUGGAGGGCACGUCGGAGAUGGCAGUGACGUUCGACAAGGUGCUGGUGAACAUCGGCGGUGACUUCGACGCGGCCACAGGGCGCUUCCGCUGCCGCGUGCCGGGCGCCUACUUCUUCUCGUUCACGGCGGGCAAGGCCCCGCACAAGAGCCUGUCGGUGAUGCUGGUGCGCAACCGCGAUGAGGUGCAGGCGCUGGCCUUCGACGAGCAGCGCCGGCCCGGCACGCGGCGCGCCGCCAGCCAGAGCGCCAUGCUGCAGCUCGACUACGGCGCGGCACCGGCCGCUCGCCUUCGACACCGAGCUCGUCAACAUCGGGGGCGACUUCGACGCGGCGGCCGGCGUGUUCCGCUGCCGCCUGCCCGGCGCCUACUUCUUCUCCUUCACGCUGGGCAAGAUGCCGCGCAAGACGCUGUCGGUGAAGCUGAUGAAGAACCGCGACGAGGUGCAGGCCAUGAUCUACGACGACGGCGCGUCGCGUCGCCGCGAGAUGCAGAGCCAGAGCGUGAUGCUGCCGCUGCGGCGCGGCGACGCCGUGUGGCUGCUCAGCCACGACCACGACGGCUACGGCGCCUACAGCAACCACGGCAAGUACAUCACCUUCUCCGGCUUCCUGGUGUACCCCGACCUCGCCGCCGGCGGCGACCCGGAGCUCUGAGGCCGGCCGAAGAGGGGCGGGACGGGGCGGAGGCGGGGCGAGCAUGCGAGCGGGGCGCCCGGACACCCCCGCUGGCCUCCGCCAAUAAAGUGCG